AGUGUUUACCCUCUUCGUCCGGCCAAAUGGGCUUUAUUAGGGGAAUAUCAACGGCCCAAAACAAUUCUGAUUUGACAGCCUUGUUUGUUUAGCGAAUAAUCCAUGUCAGCGUAUCAAAUGAUGACAUGGCAUGCUGAGUCAGCACCGCCGUAGACUGUGAACGGCGAUUGAACUUCCCAACGGAGAGAUUUAACACUCGUCAGUUGAGUCAACAACACAGAAACCGAAGAGUCUCUUUGCAAAGUUGCAAUUUUUGACCCUAAAGAAACUGUGUCUAUAAGAAAGGGCAAACAUCAGAUUCCCUGAGAGGACGCUUCAGUUCUACUUCUACCUGCUAAAGUUACCGUCUUUUUGAAAAGGGUUUGAGAGUGAAAUCGAUGAAUCGCGGCGAAGCUAGAGGCUUUGGCGGCCGUAAGGGUUCUCGAGGACAAAUGGAUUACCGUCCGAAAGGCGAAAGUCCGGUUACAGUUGAUAGGUCUUUGGAUGAAUCUUCUGGUAGUAGGGGUAGAGGGUCUCGUGGGAGAGGAAGAAGUACAACAUCAUGGUGUCCUAGAGAUAGUUCUGGGCGUGGCGGCCAUGAACACAGUCCAGGUCAAGUGUACGUUCAGGAGUCCAAUGCGGUAUUUGUGGAAAAGGGUGUUCAACAUAAUAGGAGAGGUGUAAGUACAGUUGAUAGGUCUUUGGUUGAUUCGUCUGGUAGUAUGGGUAGAGGUCCUCGUGAGAGAGGUGGAAGUAGAACAUCAUGGUCUCCUAGAGAUAGUUUUGGGCGUGGCGGCCAUGAACACAGUCCAGUGCAAGUGUACGUUCAGGAGUCCAAUGCGGUAUUUGUGGAAAAGGGUGUUCAACAGCACAGAAAGCUCCAAGAAGAUAAGUUGGGUUCUACCAAGCAACCUGAUGAAGGUGCUGCUGCUUUCAAGUUUUCUGGAGAUAACAAAGAUCUUUUGCAAUCAUCUCCUUCGUCUAGCUCAAAGAGCAUAAGUCUUUCUGGAGGUUUGUUUGUCUCUAAAGAAUCCGAGGACAAGGAUGUCAAGAAUGGCGCUCGAAUCCAUGAUCUUGUGAACCAGAUGGAAGAUGUUUCGUUGUCUUGCCAGGACUCUGUGUCUUCUACAAGUGAGAAGGUUGAGCUUUCUAGUGCUGAGGAUCAGAAUAGUACUGCUCACAAGUCUGGUGGUGAAGGAAACUCGUCAAGUGAAAGAAACACGGGACCAUUUGAUAUCUCUCUCAAGAAGACAGGGAUAGUACUAAAACCCGCUCUGUUUAAUCUGAACAAAGAAAAGAGGAAAUCAACUAAAGGACACACUGGAAUUGUUAUUAGACCUGGAAUGGUACUUCUCAAGAACUAUUUGUCAAUCAAUGAUCAAGUGAUGAUUGUGAACAAAUGCCGUCAGCUGGGUUUGGGUGAAGGUGGCUUCUAUCAACCAGGUUACAGGGAUGAAGCAAUAUUGCGCUUGAAAAUGAUGUGCCUUGGGAAAAACUGGGACCCUGAAACAUCUCGAUAUGGAGAAGUUCGACCAGUUGAUGGUUCUCGUCCGCCAAAAAUUCCAGUUGAAUUCAAUCAGUUUAUUGAGAAAGCAAUUAAAGAAUCACAGUCCCUUACAGCCUCUAAAUCAAAUGAAACGAGUGGAGAAGUUACAAUGCCAUUUAUGUCCCCAGACAUAUGUAUUGUUAACUUCUACACAUCCACCGGGAGACUUGGCCUCCAUCGGGACAAAGAUGAGAGCGAAAAGUCCAUUCGGAAGGGAUUACCUGUUGUUUCAUUUUCUGUUGGAGAUUCAGCCGAGUUCUUGUAUGGUGAUCAAUUGGAUGAAGCCAUGGCAGAAACGUUAGUGUUGGAGUCUGGAGAUGUUCUACUAUUUGGUGGCAAAUCCAGGAAUAUCUUUCAUGGCGUAAGAUCAAUUCGCAAAGAUACUGCCCCCAAAGUGCUUCUUCAGGAAACAAGUCUCCGACCUGGUCGUCUGAAUUUGACUUUUAGGCAGUAUUAACAAAAAUCAGUUCUUGAAGAUACUAUACUGCCCACAAGGUUCUGGUUUAGGAACCAAGUAUCCAGCCAGGUCGUCUGAAGCUUACUUUUAGGAAGUACUAUUAACCCGAAGCCAGGAACUUUUGUAAUGUAUCUUGAAGCUGUUUUGGGGUGCAUGAACUUGUACAGAUUCUAGGCGUAUAACCUGCUUUUUAUAUCUUUUUCUCGGAAAUAAAAAGCCUUUCCAUAUUU